CGCGGUACAAACCCACCGCCUUGUAACAAAAACAACAUCAUCGCUCAUCAUUCUGUCUUGUCGCUACCAUCGUGUCUGAAGCACUGGUCCGCGCAACGAUUAUAUCCCCGAUUGACCCCGUUGUUUUAUGAGAACGGUAUAAUCAUACAGAGGCUCCCCGAGCUUCUGACUUCCAACAUUCACAAUGUCGUCAGCAAGCAAAGCAUCCCGUUUGGGGGAAGAGAUCUGGAAGACGAGGAUCGAAAAAGUUAACGCCGAACUAGUCGUCCUCACCUACGGAACCAUAGUGGCGCAGAUAUGCAAGGACUUUGAGAACGACUAUGCCGAAGUCAACAAGCAGCUGGAUAGGAUGGGGUACAACAUUGGUCUCCGUCUGAUCGAGGACUACCUGGCCAAGUCCAACACAAUGCGCCGGUGCUCCAACUUUCGCGAAACCGCAGAGAUGAUCGCCAAGGUGGGCUUCAAGAUCUUCCUCAACGUCACCCCGACAAUCACAAACUGGACAGGCGACAACAAGCAGUUCUCCCUUGUUUUCGACGAGAACCCCCUCGCCGAUUUUGUCGAACUGCCCGAUGACGGCCGGGCUCAAGACCAACUCUGGUUCUCGAAUAUCCUAUGUGGUGUGCUACGCGGUGCUCUCGAGAUGGUACAAAUGCAAGUCGAGACCCACUUCAUCAGCGACGUGCUCAGGGGCCACGAUACGACCGAGAUGCGCGUCACGCUCGUACGCUACAUCGACGAUGAACUUCCUCCCGAGGACGACUAGGAGAGCGUACAAUCGAAUGACGAUUAGGAGUUGGUCCAUGAGGAUGCGAGCACCGAAGUAGCCGACACCCGCCAAGUCUCGCCCGAAAGCGUUGACACGGUCACGGCAGACGAGGUGACGGCAGAGGCUCUUUUGGCUUUCUUGACGGACCUCGGCACCAAAAAAGGAGACGAGACGGAUGAUCAGCAGGAACCACCUGGAAUGACCGAUGCCCAAAUCCUGCCCCCACGAGGGGAGGUCUUUGAGGAUGUGGAACUCGGACCACAGGAGUCUCCCAUUCAGUUCCACAAACCAACCAUUAAGCUGCGGCUCGGGGCUUGGAUGAGGAAAAAAUGAGGAACAUAUUCACCAAUGAUGGUGAGCGAAGGGUAUGAGCAUUAAUAGACGAGCAUAUCAGGCUCUGGAAGGAUGGAGUUGGGGCGUCCGUUCAGUCACAAAUCCCGAGCGAAAUCAGGCAAUGGCUUAUAAUGUUUUACAAAUGAUAGCGAUACAUAUACCUCUUCUCC